AUGUCCUCCCCACUCAGUUCUGAUCACUUCAAUGUCGCUUCUUCCCAACCUGGAAAGUCAGAUGAAGAGACACUACCGUUGAACCCAUCGCUGGCAUCGUGCCUCAUACGAGUUGACACCACACACUCACCAAUCGAAUCGUGCGACUCUGUUCUUGAACCUGAUGUUACCACCGCCUCUCCAGUCAGGCAUUCCCCGGGCCCCUCAAACGAAUGCAUUGCCGAUAAGGGAUUGACAUCGACUGGAGCAAAUAAGCCAAUCCUCCUGAGUUCGCUCCCCAGUCUAAAUUUCUGGGGUAUAUCGUUCGUUGGCUCCUCCGAACUCAUCCCAGACUGGAACACAUCAUACUCUUCCUUCCUGAACAUUGACCACAUUUACGAAGUCCAGGAACGGCUCGUUAAUGACCAGCGAGAAGGAGUCCGUAGCCUGGACGGACCAUCACAAUCCACUCGAACUCCGGAAGCGGCUUCGUCUACUCCUCCACAUCUAGCAGCAGUGGGGCUUUCUAUCCCAGUCCCGAUGCCGACAAUGCCUCCAUCUCAGUCUCGUGCUGCAAAACGGAAAUCGGAUUCACAGCACCUCCAUGAAGGAAGAAUGGGUCUCCCAAAACUUACCACUAAUAAUUCAGAACACAGCGGUAUCGAAUCCGCUCAUUAUCUUGCAGCGGAUAGGGAUCUGCAACCGAUUGCUAUGUCCUCGGACUCGGAGCCACGUUCUAGAAAAACAGUCAACUGUGAAAUGGAUAACGGCAACAUGAGACAAAAUAGUAGAGCGGAUUCUCCCAACCAGAACUCAAAUCUCUCCACCUCCUCCCCCGGAGUUUCGAGGCAGCCAGAUUCUUCAGAGAAGGGGAAAACCUGCGUUCUCCCCUCUGAAAAGGUAUUUCCCAUUCAGAUAGGCUCCGAGUUAUUUAGAUUGUCUGGCUCGUCGAUAUCCUCUGAUGCACCCUCAUAUUUUUCACAUUUUUUUGAGGAGCAGUUGCGUCACAAUGAAAAUGGUGCGCCAGUGCGAACUCUAUACAUUGAUCGCGACCCCGCCAAUUUUCGAGAUAUAUUGAGACAUCUUCAAGGCUACUAUGUGCGACCGCAAGAUGGAACCCACCUUGCUAGGCUGAUUGCGGAUGCGCAAUUUUACAGUCUGCCGCGUUUGAUCUCUCAACUAGUCGAGUCAGAGAUAUUCAUACAAAUCGGAGAUCGACAUUUCCAAAUUCCCCGUGAUCUCUUCUCUAGUCCUGGGGAUUAUCCGAACUUCUUCUCACUCGCUUUUGCUAUAUUUUUUACCACUCCCAAGGAAACCUUCGAUCGUCCAAGCCUCCUGCGUCCACCAGCUGUUACUCCGCCUGUGGUGAUCAACCGCUCAGCCGAAGUGUUUGCAGAGCUCCUCCAUAUGCUUAAAGGAUAUCCUCUCCAUGUACGGAACGAAGAACACCGGGCUGCCCUCCUGCGUGACUGCCGCUAUUUCCACUUUCGGGGGCUUGAGCAAAAGCUUGUUCCCCAUACGAUCAGUUACAACUCAUUGCGGCGAAAGUCAGAAAUCGUGAUUCGAUUGCAAGAUAUCCGCCAGUCGGGGGUUCGGUUUGUAAACGACGUCCCAGCCUCGGAUAGAACCACUUCUGGAGGUUGGGUCCAUUAUUCUCGCCCUUUUGUCGACGACACAUCUCAUGAGCUAAUAGUCGAGAUCGGGGAUGAAAACACAUUAAUUAAUCUGAAUUCCAUGAGGGCUAAUUUCUCCGGCGUGGCGAAAGCGAGGAUAUCAAGCCUCUUCCAGGUCAUAGCCAAUAAAAUGAAUCUCCCUACGAUUGCCCCUCUCGGAUUACUGAUGAGGUCGGGCGGAUUUAGCAAACAGCCACCUAGUCCGGGCAACACUCCACUGAGCGACGACCGAGUCAAGAUCCGAAUAGACUGUGACGCUGAUAUCGUCCUUGAUGGAGAACCGUACAGUGCUGAUGGGAGUGGAUUCAAAGGAACUGCGUGUACCACGCCAGCUGACACGGGUUUCGUUCCCAGUACCCCUGGUUCCAACACUUGCUGCAGCAAUCAACACGUCCAUGUGACCACAUCAUCAGACACAAAUGUUGACAUCUCCAGCGCAAAAGGAAGCGAAAACGCAACACGAUCAUUGUCCGUUACAGAAUCAUUUUCUCGCUGCGACCCCGCUUCUCCUUUGUCAUUCAGCAAACCAGACGCAUCGCGAUUGCAAGAUAGCCAAGGAGCAGCUAAACGCAAUGGGCUGGAUAUUAUAAAUGUCCGUGGAGAAUUGGUAGUGCAAAAGGGGCAGUGGAAAAUUCAAGUGCAAGCAGCUGACACCCAGGAAAGUGCAUGUGGAAAAAUGGAGAUCAUGUUUGUUGCAGUCAAGCUUCAUGUUUUCAGCGGACCCCGAGCACGUAAUGCAAGUCGGGUGUUUUUAAGCUAGUCGAAUAUACCUGCAGUGACAGUUAUCAAUAGAAAUGAGAUAAGAAAAAGUACCCUCAAUAUCCCUC